GUGGAACUGUCUGAGCAUGAGGCGUGCUGAGUCAAGGCGCCUCAGAGGGAGAGACAAACUGAAGAAACAGAGAGAGAGAGAAGUAGCUACUGAGUGACUCAGUCAGAAGUGGAGGGACAGGAAACAGAGCCUGAGGACAAACAGCACGACACUCUCACAUUGUGACACACAGACAGAGAGCGGGAGCUCAAGUGAAGCCUUAGUUCUGCUGCUGAGGAGAAGAAGCCUGGUCGUAUGUGGUUGGGACCUUGUGAGAGGUGGAAGCCUAAUGACAAGUUUGCUGCUUUGGAAUUGAAAAGGACAAAAACAAAGAAUUGAGUUGUGACAAAGAGGGGGGAUUUUGCCAUGACAGCAUCUUUCUAUUCGACCUGAAUGUGGAUAUACCAGCGUUGCCUUUGUGGACUUGCAGCUCAUGGUGGUCUGGGAUUUCUUGAGCUAAAAGGAGACACAUUAGUGUGAGUAAGUAAAGCUCAGCCUGUGACUCGUGGGGUGCAGCCUGGUUGAGAGACAGGGCAAGGGGGAGGGGAGGACGCUUCAGCCUGAGUCUCUGUCCUCCGGGAGGUGUCUUUUCAACAUGAUGUAACCCCAUAAUAACUACAUCAAGACGGGAGGUAACCAUGUUGACCAUGUGCAGCAGGCCUCUCUAACAUGGACAGAAACCUUUGUGCCAAUGGCCUGAAUUCUCAGAUGACAGCAUGCCCUUCAAUGUAUCCUGGUCUGGGACUGUUCUGUGUUUUACUCUCCAUUCAUGGAUGUACAACAACACCCUUCUCACUGACAAUUUCAGCCUGCGAUGGGCUGAAAAUAACUCGGCAAACGGCUCUACCUGCAUCAAGAAUGACGGCUUCAAAUACCCACUGUACAGCACCAUCUUCAGCAUCGUGUUUGUUGUGGGACUGAUCACCAAUGUUGUGGCCAUUUACAUAUUCACCUGCUCUCUCAAGCUGAGGAACGAGACCACGACUUACAUGAUGAACUUGGUAGUGUCUGACCUGCUGUUUGUCUUCACGCUGCCUCUGAGGGUUUUCUACUUCAUUAACCAGAACUGGCCUUUUGGGAACAUGCUCUGCAAGUUCUCUGUCUCGCUGUUCUACACCAACAUGUAUGGCAGCAUGCUCUUUCUCACCUGCAUUAGCGUGGAUCGCUUUUUAGCCAUUGUGUACCCUUUUCGUUCAAGGGGGCUAAGGACCAAGCGCAAUGCUAGGAUAGUGUGUAUUGCCGUAUGGGUGCUGGUGCUUUCAGGGAGUCUCCCCACAGGGUUCAUGUUGGAGACCACCUCAAGUGAGAACAACAAGACCGACGCCACUUUCUGCUUCGAGAACUUCUCCUCCAAGCAGUGGAAAUCUCACCUGUCUAAGGUGGUCAUCUUCAUAGAGACAGUGGGCUUCAUUAUCCCUCUUCUGCUCAACGUGUGUUGCUCCAUCAUGGUGCUGCAGACCCUCCGUCGCCCCCAAACCAUCAAUCGUGGGGGGAAGCUGAACAAAACAAAGAUCCUACGCAUGAUAAUUGUGCACCUCUUUAUUUUUUGUUUUUGCUUCAUCCCCUACAAUGUAAACUUGGUUUUCUAUGCUCUGGUCCGCACUAAAACUUUAAAAGGUUGUUUUGUGGAGUCGGUGGUCCGAACCAUCUACCCAAUAGCCCUCUGCAUCGCAGUGUCCAACUGCUGCUUUGAUCCAAUUGUUUACUACUUCACUUCGGAGACUAUUCAGAACUCCAUCAAGAGGAAGUCUCAGGUUAACCGUUCAUAUGAUGUCAAGUUCUCUGAGGCCCUGCAGUCAGAAACCAGCUCCAACCUGCAGUGUAGCCUGAGGAGUCUCAAAGCUAAAGUCUUCCACAAUGAGUCGUCAGUGUGACAGUGGGGUUGCUACACUCAACAUGAAAUGUAUUAAAAGCCUUCCUUCCACAGAAGAACAGACCUCCUUCAGAUAAUGGAAACUGAUUUGUUUUUGAACGCCUGCCAGAGAAGUAUUAUUUGAUCUCAGUCAUCUCAGGGCAAAUGUCUGAACCUGUCACUGACAGCCUCCGCUUUGCAGUAUUACUGCUACAUGACCCUUUGUUCACAUGGAUUUGCUACCGCUAACCAAUUUCUAUUUCCUGUGGAAUAUACUGUAAUUGUGUUAAGCACAAUUACUCUGCCAGUGACCUGGAAGGGAAUGUGAUCACUGAACAGCAGGACAGUUAUGAUAUUGAAUGCUACAUGCGCCUGUAAAUCUGUACAUUUCCGUGGUAAGUUGUGGUGCUAAUUUUAGAGUAGUAUCUAUUAACUUAACAUAAAGUUAUAUCAAGCUAUAAAUUGUACAGGGCUUUGCUUUUCUUUUGUUUUGCUGUGAAUUGUGACUAGUUCUCAGAAGUGCCUUUUUUUGUUCUGGCAUCAUUUCAUUGACUCUGUCUUUAUAGACCAUUAAAUGCACUGACACAGAAUCCCACAUACUGCACUCAUGCCACAGUAAUAAAUAAAAGUCAUGUACUGUUUGAA